AUGGAGAGCUCAUCUAUACAUACUGAUCAGAAACGCAUAGUGGAAGCGUUGAAUGCCGUCGCCGUUGUUGCUCAGUUCGUUAAGAGGGCCAAGCAACCGACACUACUCCACGAAGAGGAGAGCAAAAAGCAAAAACGUUCCAUUCUCGACAAUCUCAAAGCUCUUCAACAGCUUGCCGACGAAGACAACGAUGCAGAACUCGAGAACCUCAUCGACAUCGGCGUACAGUGGAAGGACUAUAAUAAACAACGCGGCAAAGAUGCAUUAGCGAGAGAGGACGAUCAGUAUCUAAACGAUCUGAUUAACAAAUCUUUACAAUCUUUGGAAAGGGCUUCUGCGUUCGUGAAGUCACUGCGUCGCCCGAUCGCUGAUCCUGAGACAUGCCGCCAACGCCCAACCUCUCCCCAAGGCUCGGCCGAGAACGAACAGCCACCUAUCCGCGAAACACAAAGCCGAAGCGAAGCACAUCACGAUUCAGAGCCUUUAAAUGACCAAUCCGAUACAUUUCCUCCUACUCCUGGGCCAAGCCAAUCACCUGUGUCGAAUAAACGAAGAUUUGUCACCGCGCUAGACGAACCCCCAACACCGAUCGCGGGCCCUACCAUCGACUUCGAAGAGGUGUAUCAGGGCGGCAACGGUCUCGUAAGAUACACAAUAAUCGAUGAAGCGCACACUCUUUCAGCCAACCCAGCUGUCAGCGGCCGGUGGUGGAUAUUGCGAUGUGUCAAAUGCGGCUGGCACGGAGCGUACCAGAGAAACCGGAUGCUAGAAUUUGGCAAGCGUCAUGCCCCGGGGUGCUUUCGCGAGUUCAAAUACACUGGCAAGGGCUCGGUAAUCGAUUUGCUUGGGGUUCUCGUCCUGAACUGCGACCCGGGCCUCUUCGCGAUGAAUAAUGAUGAUGUCAAGAAGGCGCUUAUCGACAAAUCCUAUGAACCAGCCUAUCGAAGUCGAAAUAAAAGGAAGCGCAUGAAUGUAACGGUACCACAAAGGGAGUCAAAUGAGCCGCCGAUAAUCACAGACCCGAAAGUCGGGAUACUUUAUCUAGCUCAUAGGCGUGAUGGUCCCUUAUUUGGGGCCAUCGUCCUUCCAUUGGGGGAUUUUCGGUCUCGUGUGGGUAUUCGAGGUAGCAUAUACGAUCCACAACCCUUCAAAGCUCUACCGAAUUGUUACCGCUUCCAUACGGGCCAAAGGAAGUUCUUCUGGGCAGAUGGGUACGAAGAUGACGGUGAGAAUGUCACGAUGCGACAAUUUCCGGUUUACUACCUCGAUGGUCCCAGUGUUGAGAUGGGGCAUGUGCGAUGGGUCUCUGCCGUUGACCUUGAGCCCUUCGAUAUUAAGAAAGUCGCUACCGGGUACGAAAAACCUACAAAGGAGUAUACUCAGUUUUGUCAGUGUAACAACGGUAUCAAACCUUUCAGCUAUGAGCUUUCAAAAGAAGAAUGGCCAUCAGGUAACUCGGACCAUGGACAGAGUUUUGAAGCUGUCAAUGGAGAUCAGGAGAGCAAUCGUCCAACUGAACCGACAUCAGAGUCUCCCAUUGUCAUCGAAGACGACGAAGACGACGAAGCUUUGAGCAGCGGGCCUGAUACCUCGAGACCUGAGGAGGAACAAACUCCUUUCGACCCUAUUUCUGGCACCCAGGCACCUGUGCAUCCAACAAACCUGGAGUCACACAACCAGGUUGAUGACGAAGCCAAUGGCUCAGAUACUCCAGCUCCAAAUAUCUCCAAUACCGAGAGAUUUCCAAGCCCUCAAUUUUACAUACCAUCAGAAAUGGAUAUGGACGAAGAAAUCCCUGAGGAGGAGCAGACAGUUCCGCCAGGACACAAAGCCCCAGAAGCAUUAAUGGACCUUGGAAGCUGUGCUUCAGCUACUGCUUCUCCCGUGGCGAACAGGACAAGGGCAGCUACGAUGCAAGCAAUCAAGAGCGAACAUGACCAAGGAGCAAAUGCUAACUCCGUGCCACACAAUUUUCCUUCGGCUGCCAGUAGCAGGCCAACUGUCCAAAGGCACGAAUAUGGCUCCGGAUUUUCCCACUAUCAGUUUGCUGCAAAUAGUCCGCAAUUCUCCGUUCACGGAUCAGAUAUUUCUGCUAUACACGGAUUAUGA